UUCCCAUCACUCUGACUCCAGCUGCAGCCUCAGCCGGCUCCACAGCCUCUAUAACUAGAGCAGGACAGAACUACCACUGCAGACUGCAGGGCGCAACUGUAGGAGAAGAGGACAGAACUACUAGGAGCGGUAGAGAGGAACGGACUCACAGGGAAAUACAAAUUCAGCUGGAAGCAGCAACACCUGGAACACAACUCUGUUCUGAGACCAACUCCAAACAACCCUCUCACUGGAUCACUUUGAGCUUUGGCUUUUAUUUCCAAUUGAGACGAUUUGGAAACAAAGAGUUGAGAAAAGUAAGUUGGACUGUAAGAGGCGUGUUGGAGAUCAGGAGGGAAGAGAAGGACAGUUUAGAUCUCAGUCAUCUUGGGUUUUUUUCCCCCGUCCUCUCUGUUUUAACAGACCAUAAACCACCUGGAUUGACCUUUAACCACUCUUGGGUUUCUUCAUUUUUUUUUUACCCCCUCCAGCCUGGAACCUUGGAGAGAGUUCUCUCUCUUCUGGGGGGGUCGGAGGACGAGACUGACCAGACGUACAGCGGGACAAACUUCGUCCAAGAUGUUGUGGUCGAGGAGAGUCGUCCAGCAGUGGUGCUUCUCUGUGUUCCUACUCUGUUCCCCUGUUCCUCACUACGGACGGCCAAUCGAUGGGCUCGCCAACAGGAUGAAGCGCUCGGUGACCCACGCCCAGCUGAUGCACGAUAAGGGCCGGACGCUGCAGGAUUUCAAGCGUCGCAUGUGGCUCCAAGAGCUGCUGGAGGAGGUCCAUACGGCUGAGAUCAGGGAGCUGCCCGCCCGCCCGGUGGUCAGCAGCGGACUGGGGCUGGGACUACCGGGUGCCGGGGUAGGGGUCAGCCUGGGAUUGGGCACCACUGGGGGUACCCUGCACCCCCACCCCAAACCUCCAGGGGGCACCAAAAACCUUCCCAUUAACUUCCAUAUGGAGGAGGAGGGAACCAACCUGCCGCAGGAGACCAACAAGUCCCAAACAUACAAAGACAAAGACGGGGCGCGGAGGGCCAAGGAAGGGAAGAAAAAGAAAGGGAGGAAUGGGAAGAGGAGGGAGGGGGAGAGGAGGGAUGGGGGGGAGAAGAGGAAGAGGCGGGCGCGCUCACUGGGCUGGGCGCAGGAAGGGGAGGAGCCUGGGAAUGGGUACCACCUGGAGUGGCGAGGGCCCUUCUUCGGCCUGAGGGGGGCGCUGCACUAGAACACUGUCACACUCUGACUAAGAAACCCUAAGGACAUUCAGAUGAACACCCAGACACUCCUGUUGCAGGGUUCUGUGAUAGUGAUUGUUUGGAAAGUAAAAUAAGGAAAUAUUUAUUUUCUGUAAAUAUUGUAAACGCACCAGACUAGUGAUAAUGACGAAGACAAUAAAAAUUACAGACGCUCGCCCUGCGGAGCAACAUAAUGUAAUAAUUGUGAAAUCCUUCCUGUUCUGUUUUGUUUUGUUAGGACUGUGCCGAUUAUUAUUAAUGUCAGAUGUUGCUGUAAUUUAUUUUUGUUUGAAUCGUGUAUUUAUUUUGUAAAUGUAUUGAGGUGCUGCUGACCUUCUAUAUUUUUGUACCAUAAUGCACUUUUAGAUUUAUAAAUAUAUAUAUAUAUAUAUAUUUAUAUAUAUAUAUAUAUAUAUAUAUACAAGUAAUUUAGUUAAUUGACUUUUUGUGGUUGAUUGAAAUGAAGAAAACAUUGUUGGUCAUUCCUCCGUGUUAUCAAGGCUCCUUCUCUGCAUGGUUCUAUAAUGAUCACAUGACUCGUCUGUCCGCUCUGACUGGCCCACAGACGUCUAAUCUAGUUGGCUGUUGACCAGGGGCGUGUUCAAUAGGCACACUAUGGAACAUGUUUCAAAAUAGGAAAUCCAAAAAAAUAGCAUUUCUAAUUGGACUAAAGUCCAGCUAGUCCCCUCCCCGUUCCAGAUGGUUCUCUUCAGUUCGAUACCUAACGAACACGACCCAGGACGACCCACGCAGCUGUCCUCAACCCCUGACCCCUAACCUCUGUACAUUGUGCUUCAACUCCCCCCUCCGUCAGUUGGUCCACUGGGAACCACCUUGUCUUUCUCCUGUUAUGCUUCUGAAUGCUGUCCUAAGUUCAAAGUUCACUCGGCCUGUACAUAACCUGAACACAAUGCAACAACUUCAUAUCGUUGUUUGGCACUUGCACUGAGAGACUACCCUAUAUUGAAUGGAUUAAACAUUUGACAGUA